AUGGAAAAAGUCGAACGAGAUAAGGAGCAGACAAAAGUGGUGGCGGAUGACGCAGCCGGCAGCCGCAACGCCAACGAAAAUAGACUGAGCCACCCCAUAAUUUCAACCAUGGAGCCUCUCACUCACGAAGCAUACGGCGGUGGAAUGUACGGCAAAGAUGACGAUAAGCCACCACUUAAAAAUCCAAGGCAACCACCGGCAAGUGAAACCCAAAGCGCCGAUGGACCUUCAGAUACAACUCCGGUGGUACUUAAACAUAAACCACCUCCGUCUUCUGGCGUUAGGGAUAUUGACAUCACCGGCCAAUCUUACAUCCAGUAG